AUGGCCUUUAAGUUGGUGAUCGUAGCUCUAGCUAUAGUGGCGUGCACACACGGCCGUAUGUACUACAACGUGCGUCCAGUAAGACUGGUUCACGACUUGCAGCCGGCAGCGACCAUCGUACACGCCGCCGAGCCUAAACACGCUUAUGAACAUCAUCACAUAUCCGAAGAUGAACACGUUGAUUAUUACGCCUACCCGAAAUACGUGUUCAAAUACGGCGUGAACGACUUCCACAGCGGUGACAUCAAGACUCACCAUGAGAGCCGCGAUGGCGAUGUCGUCAAAGGUCAAUACACGGUGGUUGAACCCGACGGCUCAAUCCGUACAGUCGACUACACCGCUGACAAGCACAACGGCUUCAACGCGGUUGUACACAAGACAGCACCCAUAUCGGCUCACGAAGCUGCUCAUCUUCACCACUAAGUCAAUACCGAAUGGUAAAAGGCUGUAAGAAUUUUAAUCGAAAAUGUGAGUUCCCACACAGACGAUGGUUGAUUGUUUUUUGUUAAUAUUGUUGUGUGGAACAUAAGCCAAAAACAAUUGGUAGCUACUGCAACAAGUAUUUGAGGUUUAUGAAAACUAUUGACAAAGUACGAUAGUAUUCAACUGGUUUUGGGCAUUUGGGCAA